CAAAAUAUGCGCAUCUAUUAGCUGCCACGACUUCAAAAUCAAUAAAAAAAAGCAUCUAAGACAAAAUCUAGGCUAACUGCAUAAUGUCGAGCUCACCCUGGUCUCUGAUCUCCAAACCACCACCAAUCACCCUUCUCCACCACCAACGUCCACCGCUACCCACCGUCCGUGUCAGAGCCGCAACCUCCAAAACAACCACUGCAAUGCCAGAUCACCACCCUUCACUUGAAAUCAUAGGUGGAGGAGCUGAGCGUUUCCUCCCUGCUCUCGAUACCCGUCACCUUCCUUACAAGCCUUUCCCCAUCAUUUGUUGGAACCGCCAUCUCGAGACCAUAUGCGCCGCCUUCUUCCGUGCCGUCCCCGACGUUAAGUACCGCCGUGAGUGCCUCCGGACCAAAGACAACGGCACUAUAGCCCUGGAUUGGGUCUGUGGCGAUCACCGCAGAUUACCUCCCGACUCUCCGAUCGUCAUUCUACUGCCGGGGCUAACAGGAGGGAGUCAAGAUUCAUACGUGAAGCAUAUGUUGGUGAAAGCUAAGAGCAAAGGCUGGAGGGUUGUGGUGUUCAAUAGCAGGGGGUGCGCAAAUAGCCCUGUUACUACUCCUCAGCUCCAAACAGCUUCAUUCACGGCAGAUACUUGUCAUGUUGUAGACCAUGUUUCCUCCAUGUUCCCGGAAGCAAGUGUUUACGGUGUCGGUUGGUCUCUUGGGGGGAACAUCCUUGUUAACUACUUGGGAAGAGAGUACCAUAGAUGUUCUCUCUCUGGUGCUGUAUCACUGUGCAAUCCUUUCAAUUUAGUGAUCGCAGAUGAAAAUCUCCGAAAGGGCUUCAACAAUAUUUAUGACAGAGCACUUAGGGGAGGUCUUUCUGCAACUUUUUCCAAACAUGUUUCCCUGUUUGAAGAUGUAAAUGAUGAAUAUAAUGUCCAAGCGGGUCUGAAUCCUCGUACUGUACGUGAAUACGAUGAAGCAAUAACACGAGUAUCAUUGGGUUACAAAUCAGUGGAUGAGUAUUACUCAAAUUCAUGUAGUUGUCAUGUCGUUCAACAUGUUAGGAUUCCUUUGCUUUGCAUCCAGGCUGCAAAUGAUCCGAUUGCUCCCAUCGAGGCGACUCCUUACGAAGAUAUCAAGGAAAAUCCCAACUGCAUGCUGAUAGUAACACAGCAGGGUGGUCAUUUAGGAUGGGUUGCGGGUGAUGAGGCACCCUUUGGAGCUCCUUGGACCGAUAAUGUGGCGAUGGAUUUUCUUGAACAUCUUCAGAACGGUGCAUCGAAACCCGAAGCAGCUUGAGCCAUGGAGAUACAAAGGCCUGCAACAAGAUUCAGAGGGCUUGCAUCAAACAGUAAUUCAGUUGGCAGAGAGCAUGCUUGCACAUUAUCAUCAUCAUCUAAUCAUCUAGUCUUUGAAUGUGUAAACAUUAGAGCUCCAUUAGAGAAAGGUUA